GAUGUAAUAACUUCCACAAUAUUCACGCUACUUUCAUUUUCAUAUUCAGAGGAAGUGUAUUAGACCAUAAAUGGCGGAAGGCGGAGGAGAUGUUGGGUUCAGUUUUGAAGAAAAGAAGGGUGAUUUAUUUGAUUGUCCUGAAACUGAUGCUUUAGCUCAUUGUGUCAGUGAAGAUCUCAGAAUGGGUAAAGGAAUUGCUGUCUUAUUUAAGAAGAAAUUUGGUGGAGUUGGAGAGCUUAUGUCACAAGGGAAGAAGACAGGAGGUGUUGCUGUAUUGAAAAAGGAGAAGCGUUUUGUGUAUUACUUGAUUACUAAGGUCAAGGCCACAGGAAAACCUACAUAUGACACUCUCAAGGCGAGUCUGAAGGAACUUAAAGUGCAUUGUGUAAAAAAUAAAGUUCAUAGAUUGGCAAUGCCUAAAAUAGGAUGUGGACUUGAUAGACUGGAAUGGGAAGAGGUUUCUACAAUGAUUUGUGAAAUAUUUUCGGACACAAAUAUACAUAUCACAGUGUAUACUCUUUAACAGUAUAAUUUGUAACUAAUGUGUGAUUAGAAUGAAGAUAAUUUGAGAUUGCUAAUAGGAAUUAUGUGAUCAGAAGGAUGGUUAUUUGAAUGAAGCAGAUGCAGUCCUGUUACAAAAAAAAAAUAUUUUCAAUUUUUAACAGUGAAAUUUCGCUAGUUUGAAGCAAGUUGACAAAUGUAUACAAAAAAAUCGAAUCAAAAAUAAUAAUUUUAGUUGUCUGUGUUUAGUUACUUGUUGACUGAUAAAUCGGCAUGUGGUCAGAGAUACCUCAUUGAUAUAAGUGCUUGCUAUGCCAUGGUUUCCUGGUAUCGAAUGAACAGUAGGAAGUGUAAUACAGAUUGAGUUCUACAUAUCUUAUGUUACAGUUGAUGUUUGAAAAUAAAGUUGUUUUUUCACAUCUUA